CAUGGCCGCCGUUUGUUGUUUAGCGGGUGAUUUCGAGUUGUAGGCUGACAGCUCGUAAAUAACAGCGUUUUUACCUGUUGAGCUGGCUAUGCUCUGUUGACCAACCUUUCUGGUUUCAUGAUGGAAACGUCAACGUUUUUUUGUGGUAUUUCUAGACAAGAGUUGUGCUUGUAGCCAAGGUUUUAGACGUCCUUGAAUCUGUCCAAAAAUUUGACCGUACAGACUUUGGUUUAGGAAUACCCGCAAGCAGUAUUUACAAUGUGGAUCUCGUCAUAUUGCUGUAAUAUAUUCUAUCGAAUUGUGAUUUUAGGAACUCUAUGACGUGUCUUAAAUCGUAAUUGACAGUGUAGUUUUUAUCCUAUGUACACAAGCGAAUGGUUGUCAUAGGAGACAGAUUGACCAUCUAAUUUUGCAGAAUCCAGUAUUUAACGUUACUUCGAGGUCUAGGAAAGAAACAAAACGCUACAUUGGUACAAAAACGAUUUUAAAAGGCGCCCAGUUGCCGUCAAUGACAUGGAAGUGGUGGAUUUAGAGAAAAAGGCUAUUGAAGACACCAUGGAACAUCAUAGUAUUUACACCUCGAAUGAUGAAACUGUGAAUGCCGAUGCCAGCGGCAAUGUGACCAAUGGUGAAGUAGAAGAAAUCAAACAAAACCAGUGGCAGUUCUCAGAUGAAGGACCUAUUGAGUAUGAGAGUGACCCUUCAUCUGAUAUUGACAAGAAUUACUUCAGUGAUGAGGAAUCUCUCACUGGGAGUAUGGAUGGGGGAAUAGAGGAGGAUGAAUAUGCGUCUGAUCCAAUCGCUCAACAAACAAGACAGGAGAAAUUACAGCGUUUAGCUUUGAGACGUCAUCUUGACCAACUGAGUGAACAAGUAUUGGAGAAAGACUACCUUGUUUCACAGUUCAGGGAUGAGCAUAAGAAAUGUCAAGAGCAUAUUGAUGAACUCCAGAAAGAUAAAGAGUUAGUCAGUAAUGAGAUUGAAGAAGCAGAAACUCAAAACAAUAUGGCAUCAUUCUACAGACUGCAGUCAUACCAUGAUAAAUUAUGUGCAGAAAUUGAUGCUGAAAAAGAUGUUGAAAGAGAAAUUCUAAACAGACUUGAAGAGGCAGAAUUUGCUCUUGCACAAGCCACAGUUGAACAAGGAAAGUUCCUCCUUGCUGGACAAGAACUUGAAAAAGAGGAGAAGCUUGUGGAGAAACAAAAGGCUGAGUGGUCUGCAGUCCGUUUACGAAAAGAAAAUAUGAGUGCAGCUGUAGCAGAGAGGAGAAGACGCCUGAGAGAGAAAGAGCACAUAUCUGCCCUAAGAGAAAGAGAGAGAAAACACAGACAAGCCAUUGCUGCAGCCAAACGAAACAGAGAACAGGCAUCCAAGUUUCUUAAGGAGACAAUGUCCAGAGUUCGUCAGAAGGAAGCAGAAGAAGAGGAACUUUCUCGAAGAAAUAUGGAAGACAGAAUGCAGGCCAUAUUGUGUCUUAAAGGCAACAUUGAAGCUAACAAGGAAAAUCUCAGGGCCUUGCAAGCCCGUGAUGCUAAGUUAAGACAGGAAAAAGAAGAGGAGGAACUGCAGGAAAGACAAGAGAUUUUUGCUGAAGGAUUAAAUCCCGAUGAGGAGUUGACAAGAAGAAAAAGGAUCAGACAGUUUGAAAAGGAUAAAGAAGCAUACGAAAGAAGGCAGCGAGAGCGACAGGUUGAAAUUGUUGAAAACAUAUUGAAAGAGGAAAAACAGAUGAAAAAGCGCUAUCAACAGCAACCUCAGUUAUGGCCAGAAAAACAAAGAGAAAGGGUGAAGAGGAUAAGCAGGCGACGUCCCAAACCAAAGUUUUUCAAAUCAACCAGUGGAUCAUCUUCUGUGGAGUACAGUGCAGAUGUGGAAGAUACAGGGGGUCAACAUACACCAGGAAAGCUUGGUGCAGUAUCUUCAGAAGAUGACGAAGAUGAUUUUUCCCCGUAUGGAGAGACAAGUAGAGAUGAAGCCAAGGAAGGUGAUUCAGAAGCUGAAGGAGAAGAACUGGCCCAACCAGAAUUUAGGGGACUAUGGGAAGAGGGUGUUCAUAAGGCAUCUGAGAAAAAGGAGCACAGAUUUAAAUUCGCAACCCACAUUCCUAGUAAAAUGGAACAGGAGAUGAUGGAAAGAGCUCUCAUGAAACAGAGAGCAGGGAUUGUUCAGAAACAAGUAGCUGCUGGAAGAGAAUUUAAGGGUUGUGCUUUUUACAGUAAACCUGAGGUCAUCGUAUUUAAGGACUUUGACGUCGGGAAAUCCUAUAAGAAGAAAAUUCUUUUAACAAACAUAUCAUACACUCAGAACUACUGCAAAUAUGUUGGCAUGUCUCAUAUCCUGAAAGACUUCAUCGAAGUGUUUUUCGAUCCACCAGGAGUGAUGUCAGCUGGUCUGACUUGUGAUUUUGCAGUGACUUUCAAACCAAUGCUGAAUGAAGACUUGGUAGGCCACAUAGAUUUCCUUGCCCAAACAGGACCCUUUUCAGUUCCAAUUCGAUGUGUCACAAAGAAAUGUCAGAUUUCAGAGGAUGUCACCGAAGUUGAAUUUGGAAGUCAAGUCUUGGGAGAAACCAGGAAGAGAAUUAUAAACGUUACGAAUAAUGGAGCGUUAGGAACUCAAUUUACAUUCAGAAAGAUAACAGGCUUGGCGAGAUCGCUCUCCUCUUCAGAGCUGAGUUCUAUCGGCGGAAUGACUGUAACGGACGUAAAUGUGACUCAGCAAGACUCCAACCCGACGGAGCUACAGGUUCCCCCUGAGGGGAUGGCAGAAGACGCAAAAGAACCUCAAGGGGCUGGUGUAACAGAAAUUCCUAGUGAACCAGCUCAACAAGAGGGCGAAAGCCCGGAGAAGGCCCUAGAGCCCAGAUCUGGUAGUGCUGUUAAGUUCGAGAAGGGAUUGGCAACUACUGAAGGCGAAGUUCUCGCCCCAGCAGAAGAGACUGGAGACCAGCUAGAUGUUGAUCUGACCUCAGCAGCACCUCAGACUAUCUCAUCAAUCCCUACAGAAACCUCUAUAUUAGAAGGUCUCAGAGUCGGAAAGGUUUCUUCUGGAGAAAUUGCACCGUUUUCUUUAGUCCAGGUGGAAGUGGUAUUUAAUCCUACCAAGUCAGGCAAUGCCCUCGCCGAGUUUGAGAUAUCCUUUUCAGAUCCUCUCUCACCCCCAAUAGUGAUCCGAGCUCGAGGAACGGGAAUCGAUGUUCCUGUCUGGGUGGAGAGAGAGGUCGUCGACUUAAAGAUGUGCAUGUACGACCGGCUAUAUCAAGAUGCAAUACUUGUCAACAAUAGAGCCACUUCAGCUCUCAGACUGAAGUUUGAAGUUUGUAAAGAAUUGAGGAAUCACUUGGAACUGCUUCCCAAGACAGCUUACAUACAAGCUGAGUCCCAGUUCUCUGCGCAGCUCAAGUUCCUUCCAAGACAAACUCUGCCAGAUGACUGUCCCACAUACUUUGACGGAGAGAGCAGACUGCUUGAGGCACCUAUGGUCGUACGUGUCGCAGAUCAGACGCGGCCAGUUCCGUUCACAGUAAGAGCGAUAGUGACGUCAUCAGAUAUCGAGUUCAACGUUCAAGCGAUUGACUUUGGUUUCUGCACAGUGCUGGAGUCAGUGAGACGAACAGUGACUUUAACUAACAAGUCUGUAUUACCUCAACAAUUCGGAUUUUGUGGAGUUCCUGAUACGGUUGAUGUUCAGCCUAAUGAUGGAUUCGGUACCCUGCUGCCAUUGGAGAGCUUUGAUGUGGACAUCAUGUUCAACGCCAAAAAAGCUAAAGAAUAUGAGUUUGAUCUCACUUGUAAGACUGGCAUUGGCCGCGAGUUCAAACUUCACUGUAGAGCAGUGGGCGUCCUUCCUCCACUGGAACUCUCUCACUCUGUGAUCAAAAUGAAAGCCACAGCUGUCUCUGAUACAUGCGCGGCUCACAUUGAAGUCAUCAACUCGCACACCAGCGCAAAUGAAUUCACCCAUCCAGUGCCCAGAAUUGGCUCCGGACCCAUUGUAGAGGUGGGCCCCACGUCAUUCGAAUUUAUGGUCCCUGCUGAUGCGCCCCUGACUGUGUCCCCAGCUGUAGGCACUGUCAACGCGGGAGAGCGCUGCCUUGUUCAUGUGACCUUCAGUCCUCGUAUGGAUCCAGACAUGGUGCGACAAGAGGCCGUGCGUAUGAUGGAAAGAGAAGCUGAGGCUGAAAGGAAGAGACUGGAACUAGCGUCACCUCCAGAGAAGCCUCAAGAGCAAAAUACAGGACAGAAAAAGAAAGGUGGUAAAGCUCAGGCUGGAAAGAGUGCCAAGGCAUCACCAAAGCGAGGAAAUACGCCGAGCAACACCAACCUCGCCGCUACCACAAAGACUCCAACCAAAACUUUCACUGUCGCUGAUGUAAUUGACGGGUCCAAUGAAUACGAGUCAGCCCACUUGGCUUUACUCAGGACUUAUCAGAAUGCGUUCUCCAGAUACUUAGUUCCCUGCUUCGUAGCCCCUGGGCGAUGUACUGAGCCUAACUCUUUGUCAUGCAGUGUUCACAACACGAUCUAUCUAGAGGUUCACUGCCCGGCCGUCCGGCCCCAUUUGGUGGUCGUAUCUGACAGUGGAAGAUCUGUUGUGGACUUUGCAAAUGUGUCCCUUGGUCGAUCGGAGAUUAAAAGUUUCACCAUUCAAAAUAUUUCUGACGAACCAAUAAAGUUGAGCUCCUCGUUACUAGAUCCUCACGGUCCUUUUCAGAUGUUGAACGCAUUAAGGACCUUGGAUCCCCAAGCGACUCAUACCGUGAUUGUGUCGUUCGGUCCUAACGCUCCCAAAGAGUUCCAUGAGGUCUUAGAAGUACGGUGCCCCCGGAAUACACUAUACCUCAGGCUGAAGGGCAGGGGGGUUCAACCUGUGAUCUCUCUGUCAGUGGAGGAUGGUCUGCUGGACUUAGGAGACGCUCUAGUUGGUGACACGAUCUCGUCCAGUUUUAAGAUAUCUAACACUUCAGAGCUGUCAAUCACCUAUUCACUGAAGCUUGACAGCUUAUCUCCAUUACGUCACAGCCGAGCGCAAGUGUUACCUAGGUUCCUUCCGCCGUUUAGCGAGAUGCCAGAAACUCAACAGCACGCGUUAGGUCCGUCGAAUUACAAUGGGAUGGCUGUAUUUGACUGUGUUCCUGCUCAAGGUGUGAUCGGCCCAGGCGAGUCUAAAGAGAUCACUAUCUCUUUCAACCCGGAUCACCCAAGUCAGCUUUACGCCGAUGAAGUCUCCGUGGAGAUAAACAACGGGGAACAGCCCUAUUCUGUUCAACUACUGGGCCGCGCCUGGCCAAAUAUCGUGUACCUGAGGGGCUGGGACGAGUUGAUGCCGAGAGCUGAGUCGUUACGAGCGGAAGUGGAGGAGGAGGAGGAGGAAGAGGGAAAAGCAAUCCAGAAAACAGUUCUGCUAACAAUGAAGAGCGUAUCAACUCCUGAUGGAUAUGAGGCUGUGGAAAGAGCCGUGGAAAUUGGCUGUAUUAAGUCCAGUAUACAAACUAAAAAGUCAAGUGACUUUUAUUUCGACAAUCCCAAAGAAGCUAACGAACUGGGAUUCUCCUUUGAGCCUCAAAAGGCGGGAGUUGACAUUGGCGUGAAAAAGAACAUUGUGUUUCGAUGGCAACCGCCAGCUGGGCAUGAUCCUAAUGAACCUGUUAAUACCAGUACUAUGUUGACAGUAAAGAGUGACGUAACAACCCAAUACAAGAUCCUUCUUCAAGGAUUAAUCACAACAGAGCAAAGAGACCCGGAUGUUAGUGGUCACGUGGUGUCUUUAGCGGAAGACACUUGAGCUUUCUUACAAACGUGUUGUGAAAUAUAACUCUUCGUAAAGUUUUGUCAUACGAAAUGUGACACUCGUAAUACUUAAAACGUUCUAAGAAGCGUCCGGGGGUUUAUUUAAUUUAAUUUAGAGGAGAAUCUUAUUUAAUACUCAUUUGAGGCCAUUGUUUUAUUUCUGAACAGCAGCCCAAUUUUGGUGAAUUCCGUAAAAUGUAUGUAUUUCUUUGGUUGGAAAACCGACCACGUUGAAAACUGAAAUUGAUGCAGGCUUCCGAGUAUAAUCACAUUUUUUACUGAAACACUUCCCAACCUGAAUGAAUAACAACACCAUAGCAUUACCAUUUGUAUUGCGUCAUUUCACUACUAAUCAACGUGUGCGUUUUAAACGAAUUUCGUGUUCUAAAGAAACUGUGGUGCUGCGUCGGUGGGAGAGUAUAACGGAGUAACUUAGUGUCAUCAACGGAGUUGAUAACGUAAAUUGGCCACCGUAGGGAGUGUCCAGAGUAAUUCGGAAUCACUUUGGUUUUGUUUUACUUCACUUUUUAAUUAGUCCGGGACAUUCGCACCACUGGUGAGUUGUCUGGUAUUGGUCAUCCUGUCGAGGCUGUGCGUAUAAUUUUGUACCCCUGCGUCUAAAGUCCGUGUGAUUGGACUACAGUCAAAGAAUUGAACGCGAUGUUUAGUGUACAUGCUGUGGAAACGAAAUGAUGAUAAUAUUUUACUCGAGUGUGUAAUUAUUUGUAUCAUAGAAUAUAUUCGGUAUUUCAAUUAUAGUUAAUCGUUUCAGUAUAAAUUUGUACCUUUAUUUGUUUAAGGUAAGAUCAAAUGUAUUAGUUUGAUACGUUGCACGCAGUUUUUAGUGUCGCUGUGUUUCGAACUGUGACAAGCUUUUACGACACUGCAUUUAAGGCGUGAAAAUAAAGCUUUGGAAGAAA